AUGAGCGGGUUGAUAUCAACACGAAAAGAGUACUUAAUCCGUGGGAGAGAAAUGAGAAUCAUACGCUCUGUCUCAACUCUGCUAGAGAUUUUGGCUGUAGUGUGGUUAAUAUUGGGACACAGGACCUGUCUGAAGGAUGAGGGAAAAUAUCCGUUUGGUGAUUACAUUGCUUACUCCAAUGAUACAUUUACAUUAACUGAAGUGAAGCAUCUGUGGCGACAAAAAGGAUGUGUGAAGAAAUAUGGUAGGCGGCUUGUAAUGAGGUUGGAUGAUUUUGAGAAGCCGGCUAAGAGUAAUGUCUUAUGUAGUAAUUGGAAGAAGUGGCAGGAAGCUAUUAUAUGGUUUCAAGGCACAACAGAUGCUGUGGCGUCUCAGUUUUUUCUAAAGAACGUGCAGCCAGAGAUGAGAGCUGCUGCAGUUGAGCUGUUUGGAGAGCAAGGAAGCUCAGCAUCAAGAGCGAAUGUGUUUGGAGAGCUGAUGAUGAGUCCUAUAUCUCCCACUAAAGAUGUGAAAGACGCAGUGGACUGA